GAAACUAUCUUGGUCCCGUUAUUUAGAAAUGGACCCCACAGCAGACAGUUUUAUACAACAAGGACUCUAUUCACAAGACCUUUGGUUGUGUAGUGCAAGUUUAGAAUAUUUGAAACUGUUGUUUGAGUAUGUGGGAAAGAAGAAACAAGAAGAAUCGUCGUUGUUCCGCACAGCUGUUCAAGUUGCCAAGCUUUUGGUGACCGUGCACUUGGAGAGAAUGGAGUUUUUGAUUAUUAAAGCACGAAAAUGGCGGUUUGAGCAACGUGGAUUUGUCCAUCAAGUAGCUUCGUUAUGGAGAGCUAUCUUUAGGAUGGAUGAGAUGAUUGCUUUUCGGUGGAUGUCCAAGGUGAUAUCGAUGCAGUCCUCUAUAUUGAUAUAUAUGGUGAAAUCAGUUCAUCAUCAUUAUGAAGGCUUUAUGCAUGAAUUGAUAUUCUUAUGGAAAAUUUGGAACAAGGUAGCUGGUGCCAAGGAGUUGGAAUAUUUGUAUGGAAAAGAGUCUUUAUUUGUUCGAAAAGUUUUGCAGGUAAUAACAAGUAUGAGUAUGGAUAUGCAUAUUGCACAUUGUCAAGAUGCAUAUUGGAUAUUGCAAAUAUUGAAAACUCUAAGAUAUCAACAUGGACAGCGAUGGAAACAUGCCCGCGUUCGAAUGAUAAGAAAUGGUUUGAGUCGAUCAUUCAUUCAAACCAUUGCACAAUGGAGUAUUGCAGAUACUUGUGAGGAACAACAGCAUACUUUAGCACAUCCAUUAGAUAACCAAGAAAUAAGACAACUUGCCAAGGAAUGGAUAUAUUUAUUCAUUGGUCGCGUUUCUUACUGGGUUAAUAUAGAAGAACUGACUGAAAUGGCUAUUCGUUUACCUCUUCAACAAUCAUCUCAUUUUCGACUAGUAGAACAAUUAUUGGAAUGGAGACCUUCUUUAUCUAGUCACUAUUUGUUGCGUUGCCACUUUCAUAAGAUGGAUCCAGAACCUAGUCCUGAUUGGAUAUUUCAAGCGUUAGCUUUGAUAAAGGCCCUUCAUACGGAUGAGAAUAUUCAGAUUCCAACGACAAUGGAAGAAGAUGCAAAAACCUGUUAUGAGUAUUGUAUGCAUAUAUGGCCAUUGGAAAGCAAAGACUCUUGUUGGGAACGAAUAUUAUUAUAUACGGAGCAUUUGCUGUGUCCCUGGAUAGGGUUUCAAAUAUUGUUACAUAUUUUGAAUAGACUGCAACGCUACAUGAAUGAAUUGAACAAAAUUGUUUCUAUACAUGAUGAACAAUGGACAAAGGAUAUAGAGUGGGAAGUUGUCAGUCGAUUACCCGACUUUCAAGUCAUAUGGGCUGUCAUUCGUAGAGAACUUAAACAACUCAGCGUGAUUUCAUCGGAAAGUAUGAAAUGGAUGGAACAUUUAAAGACUUUCCAUUCCAUGUUUUAUUUUGUACCGUUGGAACCACAACAUAUGAAUAUGGAGUUGUUGACUCUAGGUUUACAAGUCAUUGCAUGCUAUCGAAAGAUUAUUCCUUGGUUGGAGAAAGAACAACGUUGGGAUAUUUCUAAAAUAUUUUUUGCUUCUCCUAUCAACCACACAAACGGCUAUUUGGAAUAUCAUUGGAUCGUACCUUAUUUACAACAUGGCCAUUUAUUGCAUGCUGUAUUGAACCAUAUUCAUAUUUCUAUCAGUCGUCAUGAUGGAGAUAGUAUUCGAGUAUUGAUUGCAUCACAACAAGGACCCAGACAUUUUUCUAGGUUAGGACAACUUUUGUAUUUAUAUGCUUUGUAUAUACAACGAACCAAAGAGUCAACAGUGAAUAGCCAUAUCAUUCAUCUACUGUAUACUUGUAUUUGUGAAAUAGGGAAAGCAAGUGGUUGUUUUGAUAGUUUUGAAUUGCAUUUUUGGUUGUAUUGGUUAUCGUUUGCUUGUGAAAUACAAGCGGAAUCCAACAACCUUGAAUAUGAGGAGGGCGUGUUACAAGAACUUUGUAUUGCUUGGUUUGAACAUUUAUGGAUAGAAUUGUGGAGAAAACCAUUUCUUAUUUGGGAUAUGAAGAGAGAUGCUCAUGUCAACUAUUUGAUCACUUUGGCCAUUUUAAGAAAGUUGGCCAAUCCCAAAAGUGAACAACAAGUGAGACGUUGGUUUGUGAUGGGAAUUGCCUGCUUUAUUCGUUUGCAAUAUUUUCCAUAUAUCUCGGAAGAGGAAUGGAAUAAGGAAAGAAUGGAAUGGUGGAAAAUGAGUUUGGAGCAAAUGGAAAAUAUUCAUAGGAAUGAAGAGCUUUUAUGGCUUAAAGGACUAUUCUUGGAUAAGAAUAUGGGAAAAGGAAUGGAAGAAAGUAUUGAGUUUCCAUUAUCAUCAUUGGAAGACAUGUGGAAUCAGUGGUCACUUGGAAAGAAGCCUAUUAUAAUUGAGAAUUGGAAAGAAUUAGAAGAGCCUUUGAUUUCAGAAGAAUGGAAACGAUCAUGUAUAGAGCAACUUUUAUGGACUCCAAGUCAUCGCUUGGUCAUUUUACAGACUUUGUUAUAUCAGUGGAAUAUGAAAAGGGGGAGAAUGUCUCUUUCCAAGUCUCAACAUUUUCAUGAUGAUAUAGUGACCAAUCAUGUAUUGGAAUGGUUAUCUGAAAUCAUACAGAGAAUAUCCUUCGAGUCUUUGGAAGAAUAUGUGAACCUAUUAUGGAAUCAUUCUAUUUGGAAGCAAUGGUUAAAACAUUCCUAUGAAUUUUUUGUAUGUUUUACAAAAUAUUGGACAAGUGCUAUGGAGAAUUUGGGAUAUGUUAGGAGACUGGAGUGGCAUCCUUGUUUGGAGAAAUGUAUGCCAAUUGUAAUGGAUUGGAUUGAAAAGGAAUGUAGUGAUAAUGAUCUAGUUCAACAUUGGCUUGACUUGUUAUCCUACAAUCAAAGGGUUCGUUUGUUGGAAAGAUUAUUCAGUCAAUUGGUUCGAAUGUGUGAUUCUCAAACCAUCGAUGAAAGGGGAAUAUCCAAUAUUGUUGACAAAUUGAUAGUCGUUUUUGAAAAGUGUGAUAAUGAGAUGUCAAUGAAAUAUUCGUUACCAGAUACUUUGAAACAAUCUAUAGAAUGGGGUUGGAAUGGCGUCAUCAUAUCUGGACGAAAAAGUGAAUUGUGUAGAAAGGAAUGGGAACGGUUAUGGAGUGUGAUGAUGACUCGUCGAUGGUUAUCGUUACAUGUAUGGUUAGGUAUUGUCAUGCAAACAAAUCGUUCCCAUUUGAUGCAUUUGAUGUUGGAAUGGCAACAAUUACAUAAUGUUCAACAUAGGCAAUGGAGAGGGCAAUGGAUGGAUUGGAUGUUGAGAAGAUAUCCAAAGAUAGUUGGAAUAUGGUUAAGGUGGAUACAUCAUAAAAGAAGAAAAUGGGGAAAAAAUGAAGAAAGAAGAUCGAUUGCAGCUAUUGUAUUUCUUUUGAAGCCAUCAUCGCUUAUGGAAUGGAAUAGAAAGAUUGAGAGAUGGAUAUCCACUUUGUUGCUCUUAUUUUAUCGUUCUUUAUGGUAUGAAAGAAAGCAUUCGACCAUAUUAUGGUUGGAAGAAUAUUCUUCCAAUGAAUGGAUUCAAAUGGCUAUUCAAAAUAGAGUAUCUAGAACAGUUGAUCACCGUUGGAAACGAAUUGCAUGGCGUUGGGUAAAACAUUUAUUUAGGAAACAUUCCUUAUCUACCAAAAAAGGAAAGUUGAAGAAUCAUAAAAGAAUGAAAGGAUUCUUAUUAGGAUUGGAUACAUUGGAUAUUUUAUUAUUGGAUACGGGAGUUGAACAAAGGAAUUCUUUGCUGGAUAUGAUGACUUAUCUCUUAGACUGGAGUGGUCAGAUACUUCAUCAUGGAACAAUUCAACCACUGAAUGAUGAUAAUAAUGAUGACCUAUCGAUAUUAUUAUUUACUAAAUAUGUAAACAUUUUAUGGAAAGUAUUUUAUGCUUGUAUAGGUCAGCAAGUACCUCAUUGUUCGUUGGAGAAUCAUCAAGUGUGCAUUUCUUACCACAGCCAUGAUAUACUUUAUCAUGUCAAGUUAUCGAAUGAAAAGUGUUUGCAAUGGCUACAAUCCAUUCUCUCAUGUCUACAAAGGUUGGCUAUCCAAAACGAAGACCAGAAUGAUCAUGCCAAUCAUUCAUCGUCAUGUUAUAGUACAAAACUUUGUUGGUUGAUAACGAUUGAAAAACAUAUAUUACUUUGGUAUCAUCUUAAUAAUAAGGAACGGAAUGAAUUACAACUUUCGGAAUGCAAUGAAUGGAUAAAGAAUUGGAUCCAAUGGACGAUGCAUGUUUUAGAGAAUUCUUCUCAUAUGGAAAUGGUCAAAACAAAUUUGUUAUCUUUCAUCCAAUUGCUAUUGGCAUUGAUGUUGUCGGAGAAAGUGAAUAAUGAAACAAUAUUGUGCAUAAAGGAUGAGUCAACCCGUUGUAUAUCUCUUCAUACAAAUACUUGUGUGGAGAAUCAUGUUUGGUUACUUUUACAAAUGCAAAAAAUAGAGUCUGGAAUGGAUUGUUGGCUGAAUAGAAAACAUAUGCAACAUAAGAUAUUUGUGAUAGGGAUGGUCAUCUCUCGAUAUCUUUGGAUUGAGGAAUCUCAUUCUUUCGAGUUUCCAUGGCUCAAACAAUCUUGUUUUUCUAUAUUACAUCGACUAGAUUCGCGUAGAAUCAAACAAACUAUCGAAUAUAUUUUAUCCAAAAGGAAGGAAUGGGACGAACUUUGUAGAAUGGACAACCAUAUCUUGUGGCAUUUAUCAGAUCAUGUUUCAGUUGUUUUGUAUUUGAUACAAAAUAGUAUCAUGGAAGAGUAUUAUGAUGAUCGACAAAAUGGAAAACAUGCACAAGAGAAUAUUAUUAACGACGACGUUGUUGACCCAAGUCUAUUGUUAAGUUUGAUUUUUCAAGUGUUGAAAAUAUCAUCACAAAAUGAUGUCUCGAGGAUGAUCGAUCAGAUUCAACUAUUUACUGACAAACAUCUGAUAGAAUUUUGUAUGGCUUGUUUAAGUGUCAAGAAUGAAAAGAUACAAUGGAUAUCUCGUGCUUGUUUGGAAUAUGGGUUGAAUAUCCUAUCAAGAACAAAGAAGAAGUAUUUUUCAGAAGCUCAAUCUAUGGCAGUGUUUUUAACUCUAUUGAAAAAUAGUAUGACAGAGUUUCCAGUGGAUUCCUUUUUGAUUCGUUUGAAUAUUCAGUUGUGGGAAAUAUUCUGUCAACCAACGCAUGUAUUGUAUAUGCCACUCGUAAAGACUUGUUUGGAUUCGGGAAUGUCAUGGGAUGCUCCAUUCUUUCGAUUAUUGAGCAAGUACGUAGAAGAAGAAAGAAUGGCAAGCGGUAGGGAAGAGAGCUUACAAAUUGCUAUCAAAUAUAGAGAAUGGUGUCUAUCUUUGUUAAGUAUGAUGGAAACUCGGCAAGACUUUGAAAUGAUGGGUCGUAUUGAAAUAUUCGAAGAUUGUUGGAGACUCUUGUUUGGAUAUUCAGAGACGAAAAGGAAUCAACUAUUUUGUAAGCAGGGAUUGGUCAUGUUAUCCAAAGUGAUUCAUCAUGGAGAAGCUCAAAUGGUUUUGGAAAUGGACAAGUGCUGGGGAGUUAUUUCAGGUAUCCAUAUGUUGUGGAAGAAAUAUCCAGAUUGGUGUUGUUGGCUAUUGGAGAUUUAUAUCUCUUUUAUGGAAAAGUGUGAUGUUGAAAUGUCUCCAUUUCCANGAAUACCAUUUCUUAUGUCUCUGGUAGAAGAAUCUUGUUGCGAUGUUUGAAGAUUUUCAAGAAAUGUAAAUGGGACAUGUUUUCUAGUUUAAGUGAAUGGAAUUCGGUGUGGUUACCUAAACUGAG